GAAGGAUAUGAUAAAGAUUCAGAUUUCACUGACAAUUACAUUUUCUUCAUUUCGCAGAGAUUAUUUGUUUGGUUUAACUUUCAGCUUAUCAGGCAUGCCACAGCAGACUGUAGUGAGUUAGACGAAGUGGAACAUCAUCCCGAGGAUUUCGACCAAUUCGUGGCAAUCCUUAAUUUUCUUUCGGAAUCGGUCAUCCACUCUCCCGAUGCGUUAAUGCAGGAUAUUUCUUUCGAAAUAUUUGUAAAUAUUUGUUAUCACCUGCCACCUCAAGAUUUAUUGAUGUUGGCAUGUGUAUGCAAAAACUUCAAUAACAUGCUCAAUGGAAAUUUAUUUCCAAUCUGUUCUGAAAUUUGGAAAACAUCCCGUGAACGAUUCACCGUAUUCAAAGAUAUGGAUCCUCCACGUGGAAUGUCUCAGAAACAAUUUGUCCGUUUGCUCAAUUUCGAGCGAGGAUGCGAAUUUUGCAAGAAUAAGUCGAACAUACAAAUUUAUUGGUCGGCUAAUGUGAGGUCAUGUAAAUCAUGCGUGCUUGAAAAGUCCAAAACUCACCAGGAAUUAGUGACCGAAUGUCAGAUCGAUCAAAGGGUCAUAAAUACAAUCCCUCACCUUAUACCUUGUCCAGAUGAUAAUGGCAGAACUCAUUAUUACUGGUUUCCCUGUGUCCUUGCUGCUCAGUCCGAACUCGGCAAGAACUCGGAGAUGGCGAAAGACUACAAGAAACCAGAGCUUAAAAGAUUAACCGAUGAAAACAUCAAGCGUUAUCGUUGGAUAACCCAAUGUUGGUCGGAACAAGUGGAAGAACAAAAAUCGAUUGUUAAGGAGUUUAUUCGGAACAUGGGUCUCAAUGAUUUCAAAGAUCCUAUUAUCGAACAAAUGUUUGAGGACGUCAACGCAAACCCAUUCAUUAAACCGGAUUUCGAUGCAUAUGCCGAAGCACUAAGAAAUUUAAAACCAGUAAAUUCAUCGAAAUCCUCGAAGAUUACUGUCAAGAGGGAAAAGAGGGACGAUGAGGUUAAUGCGAAAACUUUGACACCUACUCCACCGAAAGGAUCCAAAAAAAGAUCAUCUCAAGAGAAGAGGGCAAGAUCACGGAAUUAUGGCUUACCGUCAGAAAAUUCUACUGCAUCCAAUUCAUCUACAUCAGACGUUUAUAUAAAAACUGAGGAAGAACCUAUCGAUUGGCAUAACAACACAUUUUUACCAAAAGAAAGUCGUUCUAUUCAUAAACAUCAAAAUGAAAUUAAUUUAAAAAAACGAAAUCAAUUGAUAUUUAUUUACAGUAUUCACUAA